UUUACUCAUCGUUUGGUCUACGCGUGGUGAGGAGAAGAUGCUACCGCCGACGGUGAAGCACGUGGUGUUUGUCGUUAUAUCGCUAUUCUCGGUUGGGAAGGCUUCGGUCAACGCGAAUAAUGGGUCAUCCAUGACGAUUAGUGAAUUUCCAGAGUACGCGAAAUAUCCACCGAAGCCGCUUGUAUGCAUCACUAGUGGGUGCAUAAUAGGAGCCACCAGGAAUGGGCUGGAGAAUGGUCAGUUUGAGGCGUUCUUUGGUGUUCCAUAUGCACGGCCACCGUUGGGGAAACUAAGAUUUAAAAAUCCUGUUCCAGUGGAAUCAUGGACCGGAAACUACGAUGCAACGUACGAACGAAGUAAAUGUGUCCAGAAAAACGAUGCAAGGCCUCAAUCGCUAGUGGAGGGCAGUGAAGAUUGUCUGUAUCUGAAUGUAUAUAGACCCAAGUACAUCACGGAUCCACUGCCUGUUAUCUUCUACAUUCACGGUGGAAGCUACGCGUCCGGAUCGGCCUCGUUCGCCGAGUAUGGUCCUGAACGGCUGAUGGACACCCAAAAAGUCAUCGUUGUGGUAAUUCAAUACCGAUUGGGAGUGUUUGGGUUCCUCGCCACCGAUGACAGUUGUUCUCCGGGUAACUACGGACUCAAAGACCAAAGCAUGGCGCUUCGCUGGGUUCAUAACAACAUCCAAAGCUUCGGGGGUGACCCGAAACGAGUUCUUCUGGCAGGACAGAGUGCAGGUGGCGCUGCAGUACAGUUGCACAUGAUGUCCCCUCUGAGUCGGGGUUUGUUCUCGAAGGCAGUUAGUAUGAGUGGAACGGCACUCGCUUAUUGGAAUUACAACAUUGAUCAGGCAAGAGUGGCCAGGCGACAGGCUGCUGUAGUUGGGAUCGCUGAUGCUUACAAAAUGUCUACCGAUACGCUGGUAGAUGCCCUGCGCGGGGUCGAUGCGUAUGAGCUGGGGAGAAGUAUCGAUCGGCUCAAGUAUUUCCACGUGCAUCCAACAGGACUGUACCAACCCGUCGCUGAGCAAUACGUAACGAAGGAGACGUUCUUGUCAGAGGAGCCAAGGGCCCUCUGGGCAGCCGGAAAGUAUGAACAAAUUCCAUGGGUAACCGGAUUCCUACCGAACGAUGGUGCGGCGGAUUCAUUGGGCAUCAUCACAAAUGUAACACUGUUGGAGCAGUUGAAUGAAAAAUCACGGCGAUUCAUACCUCGACUGGCUGGGGGAGAUGCACAUAACAAAAGUACUCAGAUGUUGAAGGAGCGCUUCUUCAGUGACGGAACAAAUGAGCAGUGGUUGACAAGGGAUAACUAUCUGAAACUCCAAGAUCUCCUAACAGAAUCAACCGUCACAUAUGCAACAGCACUGAGUGUUAAACAACAUCAUGCUUCGAAAAACUCCAGGAAAGCGCCGAUCAGCGUUUACUACUUCAAUUUCCUGGGUCGAUACUCUCAAUCGUAUGCUUAUACAUACACUGGAACCGACUUUGGCGUAUGUCACUCCGAUGAACUUUUGUAUCUAUUCCGCAACAGUGCGUUGGUACCAGAUUUCCCUAUUGGAUCACCUGAGUUGAUCAUGGCUAAGGGUUUCGUGGAUUAUUUCGUCAAACUGGCAUAUGAUGGGAUAUCCGGCCCAUACUGUAAGCCAAACGAUUGUCAGUUUUUGGAGUUCAGCAAUUCUGAUAACCCAAAAGCACCAGUUGAAUUGAAUCUUGUAAACGGCUUUGACGAGAGUAUGUUCAACUUCUGGAGAGAGUACUACCGGUUACAAGGAAUUUGAUUACUGAAGGCGAAGUAAAUACUGAAGAAAACCUGAAUUUAAAACUCUGUCUUGUUUUAUUUCGAUUUUUUGUGGGGUGCACCAGUCUCGUUGUCUCAGUCCACAAAUC